UCCCCUCUGAGGAACGGGCCGCGGGGGGGUGUUACCGCUCAGCUUUCUCUGUGCCAGGGUGGGCUGUGGUAGGCCCGGGCGGCCUCUGUCGGUGCCCCCGUUGGUGGGACACGCCUGGCUUUCCAGUAAUUUCCUCCCGGUGACACCCCCCCCUUCUCUUCCCAGUGCCUCCAGCAGUGGCUGCGGUGGAGGGGCUUCAUGUACGCGGAGCGUGCGAAAUGGUUUGGAGUCCUUCCAGUCAAAGGUCGUCAUCAUGAUUAGCUUCGGCACUUUAAUAACAGAUGGUUCACCCCAGUGCUGUAUCAGGAAAUGGACUGGGACCAGUUUGACUUGAACCCUAAAGUAAUUGCUGCCCUUAAGAAAGCUGACAUAAAAUCAAUAAAAGAGAUUUUAAAUCUUUCUGGAUCAGACUUGCAAAGAUUGAUGAAACUGUCCAGUGCAGAUAUACAGUGCUUACUGAAAACAGUCUCUCAUGCGCUGAGGAGAAACAGUAUGCUUACAGCACUUCAGCUCUACCAAGAUAAAGAUCAUCUCACCUCCCAACGCCAGAAGCUAAGCCUAGGAUGUUCAGUACUAGAUAACUUGUUAAAAGGUGGCAUUCCUUUAGUGGGAAUCACAGAACUUGCUGGGGAAAGUUCCGCUGGGAAGACUCAGAUUAGUUUACAACUGUGCCUUUGUGUGCAGUAUCCUUACAGAUAUGGUGGAUUAGAGUCUGGAGCUGUCUACAUUUGUACAGAAGAUGUAUUCCCAAGUAAGCGUCUGCAACAGCUCAUAGAUCAACAAUGUAAACUGCGUGCAGAUGUUCCGGCUGAUAUCAUACAGAAGAUCAAGUUUGGAAACAGUAUUUUUGUGGAGCAUGCAGCAGACCUAGAUACCUUUCACAACUGCAUUACCAAAAGGAUUUCCCUACUGCUCACGAGAGGCAUGGUGAGGCUGGUGGUCAUAGACUCUAUUGCUGCUUUGUUUCGAUGCGAAUUUGGAGUUUCAGAUUCUGUUAGGAAGGCUCGGUAUUUGCAGAUGUUUGGAGCACAGCUUCACAAUUUAAGCACAAGAUUCAGGACUCCAAUAAUGUGCAUUAAUCAGGUGACGGAUGCAGUGAGCGAGUCAGAAGCUGCUCAGUGCAGUUGUAGUGUCGUGGGUAACAGAGUCUCUCCAGCACUUGGAAUAACCUGGGCAAAUCAGCUGCUAAUGAGACUGAUGGUCAGCCGAGUAACACAACCUGAACAACCAGCUGGAGCUGCCUCACACCACACUGGAAGCGUGAGGACUUUAACAGUAGUUUUUGCUCCUCAUCUCCCUCCAUCCUCUUGCUACUAUACAGUAAAACUGGAAGGUGUAAAAGGAGUAAAAUGAAUCCUUUGGAUAGUAAAGCAUCCUGCUCCGAAAAUGUAUCCAAACUACUUCACUUCAGGAUGGAUUACUGGUAAAAUGAAAUUCUUCCUAGAUGAGAGAAACAGAUGCUGAAAUACAUAAAUGGUGAUGAUACAGUAAGCCUUGCCUACAUUAUGAAGGAUGAUCCUUUUAUACUUGGAUGCAUGCUCAUCAGCUUUUCCCUGUGAGAGAAGUUUUCUGAAAGAGAGUAAAGCUGUGGGCAGGUAGAGGCUGCACAAUGAAGUGGGAUGUGGCAAUCCCCAUUUUAGGGGAGACCUGACUUUUAAUUUCGUUUUAAUAGCCUGCUAAUCUAGAAACAGCACUUACUGCAAGUGUAUACCUUCUCUCUUUCCAGAUCCACACUUACUGCAAGUGUAUACCUUCUCU